GGGUCUUCUAAGUCAGAAAGUCUCCCGAGCUUGCGCCAGACUAUUCGCGGCGACCCGCACUUAGAAGCAGGUCUUAGGAGUGGGCGGUGGAAAGGCGUUGUUGCAGAAGCUGCGACCGGGCGGCCGGAGUCCGCAGGGAUGAACCUCGAGUUGUUGGAGUCCUUUGGACAGAACUAUCCAGAGGAAGCCGAUGGGACUUUGGACUGUAUCAGCAUGGCCCUGACCUGCACCUUUAACAGGUGGGGCACUCUGCUUGCAGUUGGCUGUAAUGAUGGCCGAAUUGUCAUCUGGGAUUUCUUGACAAGAGGCAUUGCUAAAAUAAUCAGCGCACACAUCCAUCCAGUCUGCUCUUUAUGCUGGAGUCGAGAUGGUCAUAAGCUCGUGAGUGCUUCCACUGACAACAUAGUGUCACAGUGGGACGUUCUUUCAGGCGACUGUGACCAGAGGUUUCGAUUCCCUUCACCCAUCUUAAAAGUCCAGUAUCAUCCACGUGAUCAGAACAAGGUUCUCGUGUGUCCCAUGAAAUCUGCUCCUGUCAUGUUGACCCUUUCAGAUUCCAAACAUGUUGUUCUGCCGGUAGACGAUGACUCCGAUUUGAAUGUGGUGGCAUCUUUUGAUAGGCGAGGAGAAUAUAUCUAUACAGGAAAUGCAAAAGGCAAGAUUUUGGUCCUCAAAACAGAUUCUCAGGAUCUUGUUGCUUCCUUCAGAGUAACUACUGGAACAAGCAAUACCACAGCCAUUAAAUCAAUUGAAUUUGCCCGGAAGGGGAGUUGCUUUUUGAUUAACACAGCAGAUCGAAUAAUCAGAGUUUACGAUGGCAGAGAAAUCUUAACCUGUGGGAGAGAUGGAGAGCCUGAACCUAUGCAGAAAUUGCAGGAUUUGGUGAACAGGACCCCAUGGAAGAAAUGCUGUUUCUCUGGAGAUGGAGAAUACAUAGUGGCGGGUUCCGCCCGGCAGCACGCCCUGUACAUCUGGGAGAAGAGUAUUGGCAACCUGGUGAAGAUCCUCCACGGGACGAGAGGAGAGCUCCUCCUGGACGUGGCAUGGCAUCCUGUUCGACCCAUCAUAGCAUCCAUUUCUAGUGGAGUGGUAUCUAUCUGGGCCCAAAACCAAGUAGAAAAUUGGAGUGCAUUUGCACCGGAUUUCAAGGAGUUGGAUGAAAAUGUGGAAUAUGAGGAGAGAGAAUCGGAAUUUGAUAUUGAAGAUGAAGACAAGAGUGAGCCUGAGCAGACAGGGGCGGAUGCUGCAGAAGAUGAGGAAGUGGAUGUCACCAGCGUGGACCCCAUUGCUGCCUUCUGUAGCAGUGAUGAAGAACUGGAAGAUUCAAAGGCUCUGUUGUAUUUACCCAUUGCCCCUGAGGUAGAAGACCCGGAAGAAAAUCCCUAUGGCCCCCCACCUGAUGCAGUCCAAACCUCCUUGAUGGACGAAGGGGCUAGUUCAGAGAAGAAGAGGCAGUCUUCAGCAGAUGGGUCCCAGCCACCUAAGAAGAAACCCAAAACCACCAAUAUCGAACUUCAAGGAGUACCAAAUGACGAAGUCCAUCCACUACUGGGUGUGAAGGGGGAUGGCAAAUCCAAGAAGAAGCAAGCAGGCCGGCCGAAAGGAUCAAAAGGUAAAGAGAAAGAUUCUCCAUUUAAACCGAAACUCUACAAAGGGGACAGAGGUUUACCUCUGGAAGGAUCCGCGAAGGGUAGAGUGCAGGCGGAACUCAGCCAGCCCCUGACAGCAGGAGGAGCAAUCUCGGAACUAUUAUGAAGACCCUGAAGUUCUUCGUUCUUUCCCACUUUGCCAUCAUGUGGCCUCUGGACACUGUCGUCAGUCAUUUCAGAUUGACUCUAAUUUAAAGCAAAGGCCUCUGUCUCCCACCCAGGAGGUGGAAGGGGUGAAUAUUAGGUUUGAAUGAAGACGUGAAUUACGAAGAGUCCCUUACCUUCUUUUUUAAGCAUAAGUCCAAAUAGGCUCUCAGGAAUGAGGAUUUGUGAAGACAUCAAAUAGCAGUUUUGACUCAUUUAAACUUUAAUGCUUAGUUGCAUUGCUGGAGAGAAGAUAUUCAUGUUUUUGCUCCUCUAACUUCAUUAGACACAACAUCAUUCCGAUAGGUCAUUUCUUAUCUCCUGUCUGCCUUUCAUCCUCAAUGCAUGUCCUGGAGGGACUUCGUAUCUGAAGUUUGGCUACCCGUAUCCUAGGAACACUUCCGUUGCAUAUUCUUUCUUUCAUUUUUGAAUUUACUGUCUCUCCAGAGACCUCCUACAUUGUAAAUUGUGUAAAAGGAUGGGCAGAAAACAAAGGGCUUGACCGAUGUCGCAUUUUCGGAAAGAGAACAUAGAUAAGGCAGCCCCGCUUUGCACCAUCCCACAUUCUGUCCAGCAAUCCGGGUUGGAAGAGAUGCAGAGUUUGUCCUUGUUCUCCUCUCACUGCAUGCUUCCCUCCAGUGUCAGUUCAUUCCCAUUAAUCAUGGUUUUUGAAGAUAGCUACUUUUAUCCGUCUCUAACAAAGAAUUAUCAAUACUUUAUAUUGCUUUACCUGUGCUGGCUUCUGGAGAUAGAAACAAACCAAGGUGUGUCUCCCAACGAGCUUCUUUUUUAUCGUGGGUGUGGGGAAUCUAUGCAAGGACUAAAGUAAACCUGUCCCAAAUCAAAGCAGUAGCAACACAGUCAAAGAUCAGGUAAAUGGAUGUUAUCGAUGUCUGUGGAAACCUGUCCCGUCAGUCGUUGCAUUUUUCCCUUCCCGCACCCGUGCUCCUUUUUCUUACUGUGUUUCCAGGCACUUCCUUUCUGUGAAAGGUUGCCCCCUCCCCCCCAUUUUGCUGUUCUUUAUAAUGAAAAGUAGCAGAUCAGAUGGAUGUGUACAUUAGGUGUUUGAGAUUCUCUGGAAACCUAGAGUCAAAAGCCAGGUGUCCAAAGGGCUCGGUAGCCUCUCUCAGUAGAGCUUUUGGCUGACCGAAAGUGCUUAAACUGGAUUAUCAUUUCCCCAGUGUUUUCAAGG